AUGCUUCCUGUUGUUCACUUACCAUAUCCAUUAUUGAGAGCUACAGGAUACUUGGCUGAUUGGGGAUUUAGUGGAUUAUUCCAGUUUUACUUUUUGUCUGCUCUAAUCAUACAAACCGGUUGCUCUGUCAUGGAAAUGUUUUACUUCCGAUAUCGAGCCAGUGUUUUUGACUAUAAUGAGAAGAGGUUCACGAAGUUUGUAAAAUCAUUCACGCUUGCAUUUCGAUUUUUGACUAUUCUGUUUCCCACAAUAACUUUUGGAACCUUUUUCUACAGUAUAAAACUUCAGGAAGAGUACAAAAAAGAACUUGCAAUGAAAGAUCCGUCAAUUCCAGAGAUAACUUGCUAUUCCUCUGUUCUUGUUGCCCCAUUUUCAGAUUCUGUCAUGAUUAGUACAAUGGUCAUGUGGCUAGGAUGUAUUGUUUGCACAUUUUCAGUUAUUCCAAGUACCACAAUCUAUCUGAAUUCCCAUUUACGUAAUACUAAAAAUAUGUCGCCAGGAGUUGUCAGAAUGCAGAAAAUGUUGCUUUCUAGUUUGAUUGUGCAGACAUUUGUUCAUGGUAUAAUGCUAGGAGUACCAAAUAUCAUGUUUGUUUACACAAUAUAUUUUGGAUCUGAUCUUGAAGUUGCCGCAUAUGUAGCCUUCAUCUGUUUGACAUUCCAUGGUUUUCUAUCUACUAUUGCUAUGAUUAUAUUCACAAAACCAAUUCAAAAUGGGAUUUUGGAAGUGUUCAGAUGUUCGGUAGCAAAGUUUUUAAGUUUUUAA